AAUAAGUUAUCGGAACGGUCUUCACCGACACGCCACGUGUUGGCACUUGCACAUGCAUGACGCAGGCGUGAGUUUUGUCUACCGCGCGCGCGCGCAUAGAACAUCAUUGAGAAGAAAUACAUUUUGGGACCUUUUCGGACGGCCCUUUAGGGAAUUCCUAUGCGUUUUUAAUUUGCAAUAACGGCCCAGUGACGUGGCGUAAGUCGCCAAACGAGCCCUCACUUGCGUAGUGCCGCGAUGCUUUUAGUCAGGAAAUGGCUGGACAAAUGGAGGAGCACAUGCUUCCAGACGUAACCUAAAAACAUUGAGCUAAAUCAGACGUGCGUCCCAACGCGGGCUCUGACCCGGCGGGCGGGAAUGGGAGGUUUAUCCACGCGAAUUCGUCGUCCUGUCCCCACCGCCGUAAGCCCCAUAUCCGACCCCAUUGGCUACAUCUGCUCCUGUAUCCUCAAACGGGAUUACAGACGCUGCAAGAGAUUUCUGAAGAAAGGCACCUGGAUGAAGGUGGUCCAGCAGCAAGCUGAGCGAACCCGCAACGGCGAACCAAUGGAUCUGCGGAUCAUGGACCUCCCGCUCCACCUCAUGUUCGCCAUCAGCCAGAACGGCAUGUACGACCGCACCUUCCUGAGAUUUCUGCGCCUCCUACUCAACUAUGGCUACGACCCUGAUAUACCAGACGAGAAGGGGGUGGUGGCUCUUCAUGCUGCUCUUAUGAGGGUCAACUUCUUCAGCGCCCUGGCCUCAGUGCGUCUCCUGCGCAGGAGGGAGGUGUACACGACAAAAUUUGUCUUGGCCCUGUGCCAAGCAGGUGCCCAUGUGAAUGUUCAUGAGGACCGAGGUGAGAGAACGCCACUCCAUGUUGCUGCCAAGUGCAACCUCGUCCACUGCGUCAAGAUUCUCCUGGACUAUGGGGCAGAGAUUGAGGCCCUUGAUGCUGAGGACAAGACCGCCUUGUGCUUGGCAGCUGAAUCAGCUGCUCUGGAGUCCCUCGAAUGCUUGUUAGAUCAUGGGGCCUGUGUAAAUACAUGUAGCCUGCGCAGACAGACACCACUGCAUCGUGCCGUCGAUGCUCUGCCAACAUACAACGCUGAGCGAUGCGUGCAUCUGCUGCUUGACGAGGGGGCAGACCCAAAUGCCCAAGACAUCAAUGGGAACACGCCCCUCCAUCUGGCCACUCGCAGUCGGGCGGAAGGAUCCAUCAUACACCAGCUGCUGCUCUACGAAGCGGACGCCUCCAUCCAGAAUGCAUUGCACCACUCCGCACUGUACGAGUACCUCAUUGCCUACAGCUUGCCAGAGCCUCACCAGCUGGCUUCUCAGCUGACGCUGGAGCAUCUGGAGUCCUAUCCAGGCUUCUUGGCGCUGCUGGAAAGUACGCCACGAUCACCUCGCAUGAUUCGCAACAAGGAAGGCCGAAUCUUGCCCAUGCUGACCGAGGCCCGCCUGAAGCCCCUCUUUGAGCAAUUUGACGUCCUUGACGAGCCCCAGUCUCUACAGAGUCUGUGCCGUCAAACCAUCAGGCUAGCUGUGGGGAUCGCGCCACUGGUCUAUCUUAAGAACAUGGUCAAGUGUCUUGGGCUUCCCCCACGCCUUGAGGAGUAUGUGAGUAGUGCAAGGUACCGUCAGGCCAUGAGGGCUCCAGGAUUAAUGUUUCGGCUUAGACUUAUCAGUUAAGUCAAACGUCCUAAACUCUGAGAUGAUUAAAAAUACGUAAAUGCAGUUACAAAAUUAUAAAGCUUCACAACCAGAUCAAGUGUUUUCAGUGAUUUUUUGAUGGGUGAGUAACAAGUGAAAGGACAGGAUGAAAGAGGUCCAAUCAAGUCAACAAUAAUAAAAGAAAGUCUAUGAUAAAGGGUAUACAUUAAUUACUGUGCGAAAAUUAGACAUCUGUAAUACAAAAGACACAAACUUCCUGCAUGGAUUAAAAUAACAAGUCAGUUUUUUAUUCAUAACAUGGAAUCACUUCCAUACUAAAAUGGUAUCUGAUGUUUAAAACUUGGGGAAUUUUAUACUGACUGACCGUGAUGACCGUUUGGAAGCUGUGGUGAUGAGCAACUGAUGGAGCACUUUACAUCAGACACAUGUACAAGUCUUAUGAAUCUUUUGAGGUUUGGGUUUUAAAACCCGUGUUUGAUUUUAUUCACAAGAUACAACAUCCCAUCCUUCACCAGAGAUUUUCCCCGUAGUCUUUGGAAGAUUGUGCAGGAUGGAAACAGGCAGAGCCCACCUACUACUAUUCUGCUAGAAGUUUGAUUUCCCUCACGAAGGUUCAAGUGUAAAGAAUGUUCUACCGGUUGUAUGGGGGAAGGCUGGGACAAUGCAUAAGGUUUCAAGCUAGAAACCCCAAGAGCAUUGAAGUUGUUCAAGAACACAAACGUCUCAGGCCAGGACAAUGUCUGUUGGCACGACUCCCAUGCCUUGCACCUUUAUAAUGAAACUGUGGAGGCAUAAGCCAAAGUGUACUGUAUUUUACCUGGACAAAAAAAUAAUAAAGCCAGUGCUUGUUCAUUCA